GCUCUAAACUUUCUCUACAUCUUCUCUCUCUAAAGCCAUCAUCUUGGUUUUGGUGUGUGCCUUGCUGUCUAUUUUGGUGCUUCCCCUAGAUAAGUGACCUUAAGACUAAUCAUCAUGAGAAUGUUUCUAGGUGUCUUGCUUCUCUUGGCCUUGACCACAUCUUCAAGUGCUAUUUACUGUCUCUGCAAAGAUGGGAUAGGAGACAACCAGCUUCAAACAUCGAUAGACUAUGCUUGUGGAACCUUAGCAGAUUGUAACCCAAUCCAUGACAAGGGUGCUUGUUAUCAACCAAACACCAUCAAAAACCACUGUGAUUGGUCUGUUAACAGCUACUUCCAGAAAGCAGCUCAGGCCCCUGGAAGCUGUAAUUUCUCUGGAACUGCCACUACCAGUCAAAACCCACCUUCAAAUUUGGUUACUGGAUGUAUAUAUCCUUCAAGCGCUAGCUCUGCAGGGUCGCCUCCUUCAACUACACCACCAACGGGAACAACUCCAACAACAAACGGAACCGGAGGCUUUACUCCAUUUCCGGGAACUCCUCCUGCUUUUGGUCCAACCGGAACCGGAGGCUUUACCCCAAGCAAAGCUGCUUCAAGUUUGGUCAUUUCCUCUGUUUUCACGCUCUGUUUCUCAUCACUAGCGUUUCUGAUGUAAGGUCCGUGUAGAGACAAAAGACAUCCACAUGGGUCCGUCUUUUGAUUCCCUUUUGGGUAGAAAAGGAAGCUUCAGUGGUCAUUGUGGUUUAUAUUUCUGUUUUUUCCCAUUUAUGUGAAAGAUGCUCUAAUUAGAAUC